CAAUAGAAUUAAAAAGUAGUAAGCGUCAGCUGUUGUUUCAGUCUUUCAUUUUGGUAUCCAUCUCAGUGUUCUGUUUCUGUUCUCAUUCUUAUUCGUAUAUUUGUCCGGAUAGUUGUGUUAUUAAAGUUUUUGUGAAAGCUUAUUAUCAAGUUUAAAGUGAAAAAUGGCGCGUACCAAGCAGACAGCUCGUAAAUCGACGGGAGGAAAAGCACCCCGUAAACAACUUGCAACAAAAGCAGCACGUAAAUCAGCACCAUCAACCGGAGGUGUUAAGAAACCACAUCGUUAUCGUCCAGGUACCGUAGCUCUUCGUGAAAUUCGUCGGUACCAAAAAUCAACUGAAUUGUUGAUCCGUAAAUUGCCUUUCCAACGGUUGGUUCGUGAAAUUGCCCAAGAUUUCAAAACAGAUUUACGUUUCCAGAGCGCAGCCAUUGGUGCUUUACAGGAAGCCAGUGAAGCUUAUUUGGUAGGCUUAUUCGAAGACACCAAUUUAUGCGCUAUUCACGCCAAACGUGUCACCAUUAUGCCGAAAGAUAUCCAGUUAGCACGACGAAUUCGAGGAGAACGUGCUUAAAUAUAUCUUAUCAUCAUAUUGUGUUCUAAACACACAUUUCCAUCGCCCCCCACUUUUCAAAAAUUUAUUAUAUUUCAUUAUUGAAUAUUUACUUCUUAAUUUGAAUUUUGUAAUUAAAAAAAAAAUUAAUUAGAUUCAUUUUUCACCAAUAAUAUUAAUUAAUUCAUUAUCAUAAUUAUUCAAGAAGUUAUCAAUAAUUUUGCCCCCCUUUUUAAUUAUUUUUUCGUAAAAUAAAUAUAUAUCAUCACUUUGGUACAAAACACAUGGUUUUUUAUUUUAGUUAAAUUUUAUUAUUUUCGACAAAUUUCUAACAUAAAAUAGGCUGAAUUUUUCUUAAUGAUUCGACCUUUAAUUUUUUUUUUUUGUCUAAAAUAUAAGUUAAAGCUUCAAAUUGGCGUGACGUUGAAAAUCAAUCAACUUGUUUUAAGGAAGUUUCAACGUGAUAACUACCGUAAAACCUACGUUUCCACAGUUUAACCAAUUUGUUUUCACAGGUUUAAUUUAGAACGCGAGAUAAUUAAAUGCCUAAGUUCCCAAUUUUGAUCAUUUUACGUCAAAAUGACGAAAUUUGGCCUUAAUUAUCUCGCGUUCUAACUUUGAAGUUUAAUAGUAAGCCCUAUUUUUUGUCUGUGUAAAAAAACUGGCUAAAUUCUGUAGAAAAGCAGAUCUUGCAGUAGUUACCACGCUGGAACUAUCUUAAAGAAGUUAAGAAGUAUUAAAAGCUAAACCCAUUUUGACUUUACUUCAGUGUUGAAGAGCAUUAUAACCUUUUAAUAAUUCCACCAUUUGAUUGAUGAUGAUCGGUAGCCAUUUUGAUUGUCCAACACUUGAGUUAUACUGAACGCAACCUUUCUGUAGUAUUAAAGUGAUGAUUUUGAAAUAUGUACUAAUAAAAAAAAUUCACAAUUUAUUUUCCACUGCCAAGAUAAUCUCACGUAAAUAGUUUUUAGUGUGAAGGAUUAUUAAUUAAAGUAGAGGAGUAUUGGGAAAAUUAUUCUUUAUUAUUUGUAAGCAAAUAUUUUUUUAUAGUUCAUAUUAUAUUUAAUUUUUUUUUUUUGGUCUUAUCUGGAUAACUUAUCUCUAUUUCACAGCUAUUUUAUGUUUGGAAUU